ACCAGAUUUCACGUUCUGGAGCCAAGUUUCAUGGAUUCAAAUUCCAACACUGUGGUUGUGACUGGCUUUGGUCCCUUUCGACAACACCUCAUUAACUCUAGCUGGGAAGCAGUGAAGGAGACGUCCAAGUUAGGCCUUGGUGAAAACAUAGAUCUACACAUCAUGCAACUGCCAGUGGCUUACCAAAAAGCAAAGGAGCUCGUCUGUAAGAUAUGGGGGACUCUUCAACCACUACUCACUGUUCACAUUGGACUCGCUUCAUCCUCCAAAGCAAUCAUCAUCCUUGAACAGUGUGGGAAGAACAAAGGCUACAAAGAGAUGGAUGUUUGUGGUUUUUGCCCAGAAGAUGGCUGUUGUCUGUUAGAUGGCCCAGAAAAGAUUGAGUCUACAAUUAAUAUGAAAACUCUCUGGAAAAACAUUUCGGUGGAAGGGAUUGAUAUCGUCUUUUCCAGAGAUGCAGGAAGGUACAUCUGUGAUUAUACCUAUUAUACCUCUCUGUAUUAUGGUAAUGGAAAAGCAGCUUUUAUACAUGUGCCGCCAUUAUCCAAAUUGGUAACAGCAGACUUUCUAGGAAAAGCACUACAAAUAAUUAUCUUAGAGAUGUUAAAGCAGUGUGGGGAAAAGAAUGAAUAAAAAGGAUGGUUUACAGAAGACAUGCAAGUUUCUCAGAAUACAGUAAAAUUAUUUUAACCUUCCUCUGAGGCAACCCUUAAGAUUUAAAAACAAAAACAAACGAACAAAAAUUACAUAGCAUGGGAGGGCAGAAUUAAAAUAAGUUCCAAAAUCCUACAAUAACUUUAGCAAAUUUUUCAUUACAUAAAAAACAAGUAAAACAAAUUACAAACAAAGGAAGAAAUGUAAACAAUCUUUUAGGGGAACGCCAGUGACUGGUGAUUUAUCUUGCUAAUGGUAACAAAUUUGCUUCUGAUUUAGGAUACAAGGAAAA